CUCCACCGAAUUGGCCUCCUAGUCCUCUUCCUACACGACAUAUCAGAUGUGAUGUUGGAGUCGGGGAAAUUUCUGGUUGCUUUGCGCUCAAAGUACCCGGAGCAUUCCAAUAUCCUUGAAUAUGUAGCCAAUCUCUUCUUCGGCGUCUUUGUUGUUAGCUGGUUCUAUCUUCGAAUUUACCUCUUCCCUACAAAGGUGAUCUACGGAUCUACAUGGGGUGUAUAUCUCACUCAUUUGGACAGAGAGGCUUAUUUCUUCCUAUUCUUCAAUGCAAUGCUUGUUGCGCUCUAUGUCCUUCAUAUCUACUGGUCUUACUUCAUCGUGGUGAUGCUAGUGAAGAUAGCAACAGGCCGAAUGCCAAAGAUCGAGGACGAACGGGAAUUUGAAUCGGACUCUUCAUUAUCGCCAGUUAAAGCCAACGGGGUCCACAGCAGCUCCUCUAAAGCACCCGCAACUAACGGUAUCCACAAGCACAAAAAGUUACAGUAA